AUGGUGAAGAAAGCCAACGGAAAGUGGAGAAUGUGCGUAGAUUUUACGGAUUUGAAUAAGGCGUGUCCCAAAGAUCCAUAUUCGCUGCCUAACAUUGAUAGGCUAAUAGACGGCGCCUCUGGGUGCAAGAUGCUGAGCUUCAUGGACGCUUAUUCCGGAUAUAAUCAAAUAAAGAUGAAUCCCACAGACGCCCCUCACACGGCCUUCAUGUCUAACACUUGCAACUACUUUUAUAAUGUUAUGCCCUUUGGGUUGAAAAACGCAGGGGCGACAUAUCAAAGACUGAUGGACAGGGUAUUCUCUGAGCAAAUAGGAAAGAAUCUGGAGGUGUAUAUAGAUGACAUGGUAGUAAAAACCUCUGAAGAGAACCAGCAUGGCGAGGACCUCUUAGACAUCCUGAAGUCAGUAAGAAAGUAUAACAUGAGACUAAAUCCAGCAAAAUGUUCCUUCGGAGUACAAGCGGGAAAAUUCCUAGGUUUCAUGCUUACCAAUAGAGGAAUAGAAGCUAACCCUGAAAAAUGCGAGAAAGCAUUCCAUUUCUUCACGUCCCUGAAGAAGAAUGAGAGGUUUUCGUGGACACCCCAAUGCGAGGAGGCUUUCAAACAACUAAAGGAAUUCUUGGCGUCUCCUCCAAUUUUGACGCGUCCAUUACCAGGCAAUACUCUUUAUCUUUAUCUUGCAGUUUCUGAUAGGGCCUUAAGUUCAGCUUUAGUCCAGGAGGUAGAGGAUUACCCCAUUAAGAAUGUCCUUAGAAAGCCAGACUUUGUGGGGAGGAUGGUAGCAUGGUCCGUUGAGUUAUCUGAAUUUGACAUCACCUUCUCACCUAGAGGGGCCAUCAAGUCUCAGAUGUUAGCCGACUUUGUAUUGGAAAUGUCUACCCCACCAGUGACUGAAAAAACCUCGCCUUGGACCCUAUCGGUUGACGGAGCAUCCAACAUAAGGGGAAGUGGGGCUGGAAUAGUAUUAGAGGGACCAGAUGGCGUUAUGAUAGAACAGUCAUUACGUUUCGCCUUUAAAGCUAGCAACAAUCAAGCCGAAUAUGAAGCAUUGAUAGCAGGAAUGAAGUUGGCAAAGGAAAUGGAAGUGAAGGAUCUGAGAGCCAUGAGCGAUUCCCAAUUGGUUACAAACCAAGUGUCAGGGAAAUUUCAAACGAAGGAGCCACAGUUAAUCAAGUAUGUGGAAGGAGUACAAAGUUUAGCUAAGCACUUCAAUUCUUUUGAGUUAGUUUAUGUUCCACGUGAACAGAACAUGAGGGCAGAUUUACUAUCCAAAUUGGCGAGCACGAAGAAGCCAGGGAGCCAUAGAACUGUUAUCCAAGAAACCAUCAAUACUCCCAGCAUUAGCGUGGAGGGUCUGAUGAUGGUAUUAGAAGAGGAAGAUUGGAGAUCGCCUAUAAUCUGGUACCUCCAAAAGGACGAACUCCCCAAGGAAAAAGAAAAAGCAUUCAAAUUAAAGAAGAUGGCGGCAUGGUAUUCCAUGGUUAGAGAUAAGUUAUACAAAAGAGGGUUCGCCUCGCCUCUCCUCUUGUGCGUUAAUAAAGAGGAAUCAAAACACAUUAUGUCUGAAGUGCAUGAGGGUUCGUGCGGUAGCCAUAUUGGUUCAAGAGCUUUGGCGGGGAAAAUAUUAAGAGCGGGUUUUUACUGGCCAGACAUACAUGAUGACACUGCUAUGUUCGGAUUGCCCAAGUACAUUGUAUCAGAUAACGGCACCCAGUUCGCUAGUGAAAAGGUCGUUGAAUUCUGUAGAAGCAAAGGAAUCCAGAAUACCUUCAUAUCGGUUGAGCAUCCUCAAGCUAACGGACAAGCAGAAUCAGCUAAUAAGGUUAUAUUAAGGGCAUUGAAAAGGAGGCUAGCUAGCAAAGGCGAAGCCUGGGUAGCCCACAUAUCGCCCAUUCUUUGGUCGUAUGACACCACCCCCCAAUCAUCAACAGGAGAAGCACCAUUCACAAUGGUCUAUGGUUCGGAUGCAAUGAUUCCAGUCGAGAUAAAUCCUCCAAGUUGGCGUAGAGAAACCAUAACGCAGGAAGAAAACAAUAGAGCCUUGGAGGAGAACCUGGACAUGAUUGAAGAAAAGAGGGAAAAAACACACUUCAGGGAAUUCGCCAUAAAGCAAAGAGCAGCUAGGCGCUACAAUUCCAGAGUUAGGCAAAGGAGGUUUCAAGAGGGCGAUUUGGUUCUAAAAAGGCCCAUGGGAAGAGACAAAGAGGGAAAGUUCGCUGCAAACUGA